AUGAGUGUGACUUCUGAGAACGUCUUUAUGUCGGCUUUGCAGCCCAACUCGGCUGUCACCACUUACGCAGUUCCGACCGAACUCCAUCUGGGACAUGCGGGAUCCCUUUCGGCCGACUCGGCAAGAGCUAAGCGGGUUCAGCAACAGGUGGCUUUGAGACUCGCGGAGAAAUCUACGCUCCCGCGACAGAAUGGCUCAACGUCUCAGUACGCAACUUCAGAUUAUGGAGGGUCCUCAACAAUGACAAAGUAUCAGACCUACAACCCCAGCUUUACCUCAAAGUCCUAUAUCAACUCCACCACCAGACCUUUGAUGGCCCAGCGUGCGUCUCAGCAAUCCAGUGGCUACUCCGCUGGCUAUUCAUCUCGCUCCGCUAUGGACUUCACCCCCAGAGCACAGAUGAGCAGAGGAGCUACUGCAGGCAUGAUGUACAACCACGAAGAAAUGACUGGCAUGGGUGGCAUUAGUGGAAUGACUGGCAUGAGUGGAAUGGGCGGCGGUUACCAAAGCAACCAAUCUCACCAGCACCACAUCACCGCCAUGAGGUCCACCACAAGUCGCCCUGGCCCGGACCUGGAUUCUGCCUCCAUGCGCUCCUUACGCAUGCAGUCCAUGCCUCAACAGCCCAUGAGCAUGGCGCCGUGGAUGAUGCAGGAUGGCAGUGAGGGGAGCCUUGUGUCAGAUCAGGACGCAGCCGUUAUGCGGCAGGAAGCGGCCGCCAGCAUGAGCAAUGGCUACAGUUACACCUGUCCGCGCCCAGCUGCCUACUCCAGCAGCAACAACUUCAGCGGCGGCACCAGCCUCGUCCAGACGUCCAUGACGCUACCAGCCAUGAGACGCACACUCAGCUCCACGCUGUCCCGCGGUGGCAGCGCUGGGGUAAAUGUGGACGAGGAGACCUAUGUUCGCCAGAGCUACAAGGGCCCAUCACAGCGUACCAUCAACCGGAUCACGCAGAGGCAGGUGCGCAACUCCAUGUCAGGAGGCACCAUCCAGGGAGGUGGUGGAGGAGGGGGCUACAUGGUGACUGGGGGCUUCUCCCAGGGCAGUAUGGGGAUGGGGAGGCUGUCCCGGGCCGCCUCUAUGAGAAGUAUGAUGAGUGUUGGCAAAGGGAAGGAUGUGUUCGACGGCCAAGAUCUCACGGGCAGCAUGGGCAACCUGACCGGACUUCAGAGUCUGGACAUGCCAACUGCUUUGUCCUAUCUGGCAUCAUCUGAAGAAGAUCUCCAGGUUCUGGGGGCUGCCUACAUCCAGCAUGAGUGCUACAGCCACAAUGAGGCUAAGAAAGAGGUGAAACACAUGAAUGGCAUAGGCCCUCUGGUCAACUUGUUUACCAGCAUCAAUCCAGAGGUGCAGCGCUACGCCACUGGUGCAGCCAGAAACCUCAUCUAUGAGAACAUGGAGAACAAAGUGGCCCUCAUUGAGGCUGGAGGGAUCCCCAAGAUGGUGGAGGCCCUCCAGGGAUCCGAUGAUGAGCUGCACAAGAACAUCACAGGAAUUCUGUGGAAUCUCUCCUCUAAGGACAACCUGAAGGAGAAAUUGGCAAGGGAGACUCUUCCUAGGCUCACCGAACAGGUGCUGAUCCCUCUCUCUGGCACUGGAGAAAGAGAAAUUAUCGACCACAGCCCCUCCGAGGCAGAUAUUUUCUUCAACACCACUGGCUGCCUCAGGAACCUAAGUUCAGUAAAUGAGAAAACACGUGAGCAGAUGAGGGAGACGAAUGGCCUGGUGAAGGCCUUGGUGGGCUACAUUGACAAUUGUCUGCAGGACAGCAGAGUAGAGGAGAAGGGAGUGGAGAAUGCUAUGUGUGUGCUGAGGAACCUGUCCUAUCAGCUGUACUCUGAGAUCCCCCCCUCAGUCCAGAUGCGCUUGGAGGGCCCCAAUCGUGCUCAGGCCUCCUCUCGAGGAGAUGCUAUUGGAUGCUUCACUCCUCAGAGCAAGAAAGCCAAAGAUGCUCAGCAUCAGGACCUGUCUACAUUCACUGAGGUGGCUCGAGAGCCUACAGGCAUUGAGUGGCUAUGGCACCCCAAGGUGGUAGGGCUGUAUAACCGCAUUCUGCAGCGUUGUGAGACCAACAGCACCACCCGAGAGGCUGCCGCUGGAGCCCUGCAGAACAUUACAGCUGGAGACAAGCGGUGGGCCGCCAUCCUGAGUCGCGUUGCCUUAGAACAGGAGCGCAUGUUGCCCGUUAUUCUAGAUCAUCUCAGGGCAAGCAACGAUCUGGAAAUGCGUUCUCUCACUGGAUUCCUCAGGAACCUGUCCCGUCAUGCCAAGGACAAGAACGACAUGGCCACAAAAGUGGUGAGCAACUUGGUGGCCAAACUGCCAAGCGAUGGCCUUCAGAAGGAGCCCUCCAGCGAUGUAGUUGUAAACAUUUGUGGUGCCCUCAACAACCUCGUAACCAGUAGUGAGCUGGCAGCACGUGACAUCACCUACUUUGAUGGACUGCCCAAGCUGGUGGGGAUCAAGACUUCUCAUGAUAGCAGUUCUAUAAAAAUAAAGGCUGCCAAGGCCGCAUCGACGGUCCUCAACAACAUGUUCCAGUAUAAGAAACUACACAAAGAAUACAAAAAGAAAGGAUUCCAGAGACAGGACUUCAUCGACAUUAACAUCUAAAACAGGAACUGUGUGGAUGUGCAUGCAUGUUUGCUAUCCUGUAAAUAUGGGUUAGGGUUAUGAAAGAAGAAACCCUGAAGGUGAAUCCAGUGGCUGGCUUUUUCCAUGGCUCCUCUCUGUGACUUUUUUCAAUGUUAACCAUUUGGCCAGCUCAACACUUACAGCCCCAGAAUACAAAAACAGCACUAGUCAAAACGUACAAUCAAACAAACCACUUGAUUUUGAUAUUGGACUUUAUUGAUGGAGGAUGCACCUUAACCAAGUCUGCUUGAGUUCAGCUUUUCGUAGUCUUCAGGGAUUUUUGCACAGUACUGAUGGCCACUCGCAGGCUAUACUUCACUGGUCUGUUACUCUGCUAUAUGUAUUUUCUUUAAUAAUAUAAAGAUAAUAUUAUCUGGCAGUCUUGGGUGUAAUUCGAUUCUAUAUUUUUGAAUUGUAAAGUCAUGCCAAGAUUUUUUUGUUCUUGAACAUGAGUGGUGCCUGGGCAAGAGUGUUGUAGGAUUUACUAGUAAAAGCAAUGUGAGCAGCAAGACGUAGUAUGUGGUUUCUACUGCUCACAGAUCAAAGGAUAUAACAAAUAAGUGUUUGGAUGUAUGCAGAAUGAAAUUGCAUUCCAUAUUUCUUCAUGACAUACUGUACUAUAUCCUAUUCCUUAAUUAAUAUAAAUUUAUCUAUUACCUAGUCUGCAAAGAUUAACAGCAAAAAGUACCUCAGAAUUUAUCAGAGCUCAAACUCUAAUGUGGUACAAAUUCAUCAGUUCAUUUGAAUGUCUUGUAAAUGUUGUCCAUAGUAUCAGUUACUUCUACGCUAUUAGGUUAAAAGUUUUUGUUUUUUUUAUUAGUUGCUUGAAGAAUCUAUUAUUUGAUUUGUGAAAAUAUGCCUUUCUUUGUGGGUAUUUCAUACAUUUCUGGGCAAAACUAGUGAAAGGAAGUCAAAGGAAAAAUAACUUGCCAAAGAAAGGGUUAAUAUGUAACAUUUUAACAAUUUGUAAGAAAACUGUUUUAAUGUGUGACAUUUUAAAGAAAGUAAUAGAGCCUAUUACAUAACUGUAAAAUGGCACAAUGAAUUUGGUAAGUUGCCCAGAGCUUUAGCAAAGUAUUUUUAUUUACAGAUUGUUGCUCAUUGCUUACAAUGAAUGCUUGAUUGACACUGACUAGCUGGUGUUGGUGUAUAUAUUUAACCUGAUGUACAUUAAAUUGCUGUAUACAUUUUUUAUAACGCUUUUUGUCAAUCUUAUGACUAUAAUUUUAAAAACAUUUUGUAUAUUACUUUUAAUCUUCACAUAAUUCUGGAAAAUUGUACAGCAUUUUACCAGGUUCCUUUUAGCAAAAUAUUGUUACCACCUGUUCAAUUAGAUAUUAUCCCUGCCCUGUCUGCUUCAUGUUUCAGUAUAAAACAGAUUAAGUUUCAUUAGAUGCUAUGUUAAAGGCAAAAUAAAUA